AUGAUUUGGUUAGUAAUCCUGCUCUCCAUCCUGGAUGGAGCUGUCUCCCAGCUACACUACUCCGUGCCAGAGGAGCAGGAACCUGGCUCUGUGGUUGGGAAUAUUGCAGAGGAUUUAGGGCUGGACAUUACCAAACUUUCCGCUCGCCGCUUCCAGACUGUGCCUAGUUCACGGACACCUUAUCUGGAGGUGAACUUAGAAAACGGUGCGCUCUUGGUGAAGGAGAAAAUUGACCGGGAAGAAAUCUGUAAGCAGACCAUCCCGUGCCUAUUGCACCUGGAGGUGUUUCUGGAGAACCCACUGGAGCUCUUUCGCGUGGAGAUUGAGGUGAUGGAUAUCAACGACAACGCACCCAGCUUUCCCGAGACGGACAUUUCCGUGGAGAUAUCGGAGAGUGCCAUCCCCGGGACCCGUUUCCCGGUGGAGAACGCCUUCGACCCUGACGUGGGCACAAACGCUCUCAGCACAUAUGCCAUAACGAAAAAUAACUAUUUUUACCUUGACGUGCAGACACAGAGCGACGGAAACAAGUUCGCAGAGCUGGUGCUGGAGAAGCCGCUGGACAGGGAGCAGCAGGCGGUGCACCGCUAUGUGCUGACGGCUGUGGAUGGGGGCAUCCCGCAGCGGACCGGGACGGCUCUCCUGGUCGUUAAAGUUCUGGACUCUAAUGAUAACGCGCCUACAUUUGACCAAUCUGUGUAUACUGUUAACCUGCGGGAAAACUCGCCUGUGGGCACCUUGGUCAUUCAGCUCAACGCCACGGAUGUUGACGAGGGACAAAACGGGGAAAUAGUUUAUUCUUUCAGCAGUCACAACACCCCGAGGAUAAAGGACUUAUUCAAUAUCGAUGCCAGAACAGGUAUGAUAGAGGUGGCGGGCGAGGUGGACUUUGAAGAGAGCAACACGCACCAGAUUUACGUCCAGGCUAAAGAUAUGGGGGCUAACGCAGUCCCCGCGCACUGCAAAGUGCUGGUGAAACUCGUGGAUGUGAACGACAACACACCAGAGAUCGGUUUCAGCACUGUGACUGAAUCCGUGAGCGAGCAGGACGCCCCGGGCACCGUGAUCGCACUUUUUAGCGUCUCAGACCGGGACUCUGGUGAGAAUGGGCAAAUGAGCUGCGAAAUACUGGGAGGUGUUCCUUUCAAGCUCAAAUCGUCGUUUAAAAACUACUACACUAUCGUGACGGACGGGCCGCUGGACAGAGAGAACACAGAUUCGUACACCAUCACCGUGGUGGCCAAAGAUAAGGGUCAGCCUUCUCUCGCCACCAGUAAGUCAAUUAAAGUGCACGUUUCCGACGAGAAUGACAAUGCGCCCAGUUUUACGCAAGCUGUUUAUGAUGUGUAUGUGACUGAGAAUAAUGUGCCAGGUGCUUUCAUUCAUGCCGUGAGCGCUUUGGACCCUGAUGUAGGACAGAACGCUCUUAUUACCUACUCCAUAUUGGAGUGUGACAUACAGGGCAUGUCUGUGGACACGUAUGUAUCCAUAAACCAGGACACCGGUUACCUUUACGCACUGCGCUCUUUUGAUUAUGAACAGCUGAAGGAGUUUAGCUUUAUGGUCCAGGCUAAAGACUCGGGUGCAGCUGAGCUCUUCUCUAAUGCCACUGUAAAUGUGAUUAUAGUUGACCAAAAUGACAACGCUCCCUCUGUAAUUGCCCCCAUCGGUAAAAACGGCACAGCCAAAGAGCACCUGCCUCGCUCUGCGGAGCCCGGCUACCUGGUGACGCGCAUUGUGGCCAUGGAUGCGGACGACGGCGAGAACGCACGGCUGUCCUACAGCAUCCUGCGGGGCAACGAGAUGGGGAUGUUCCGGAUGGACUGGAGGACAGGGGAGCUGAGGACAGCCCGCAGGAUCUCUCCUAAGCGGGACCCGCAGGGCUACUAUGACCUGCUGAUUGAAGUGAGGGACCACGGGCAGCCUCCUCUCUCGUCCUCGGCGAGUGUGAGUGUAAUAUUAGUGGACAGCGUGGUCGAGGGCCGCAGCGGGGAUCGUGGCUCGGCCUCCAAGGCAAAGGAGACCUCCCUUGACCUCACUCUUAUUCUCAUCAUAGCCCUUGGCUCCGUUUCCUUCAUCUUCCUCCUGGCCAUGAUCGUACUGGCCGUGCGCUGCCAAAAGGACAAGAAGCUCAACCUGUACACGUGCCUGCUGGCCGGUGACUGCUGCCUGUGCUGCAGCUCCUGCUGCAGCAGGCAGGCUAGGGGCCGGAAACAGAAGAAGCUGAGUAAAUCAGACAUCAUGUUAGUUCAGAGCACCAACGUGACGUCAGGGGUCGGGCCCGUGGGGCAGGUGCCCGUGGAGGAGUCUGGUGUGGGCGGCGUGGGAGGGGGCUUCGGCUCUCACCAUCACCAGAACCAGAACUCCUACUGCUACCAGGUGUGUCUGACACCGGAGUCAGCCAAAACGGAUCUGAUGUUCCUCAAACCGUGCAGCCCCUCCCGCAGCAAUGAUACGGAUCACACCAACCCCUGUGGCGCCAUAGUCACGGGUUACAGUGACCAACAGCCGGACAUCAUAUCCAACGGCAGUAUUCUCUCUAAUGAGACAAAACACCAACGAGCAGAACUCAGCUAUCUGGUGGACAGACCCAGACGUGUCAACAGUUCGGCAUUCCAAGAAGCAGACAUCGUCAGCUCCAAAGACAGUGGUCAUGGCGACAGCGAGCAAGGCGACAGUGACCACGACGCCACCAACCGGGGUCAGUUGGCCGGCGCUGACCUGUUCUCUAACUGCACGGAGGAGUGCAAGGCCCUGGGCCACUCCGACCGCUGCUGGAUGCCGUCCUUCGUGCCGUCCGACGGGCGCCAGGGUCCGGACUACCGCAGCAACCUGCACGUCCCCGGCAUGGACGCUACCCUGCCCGACACUGAGGUACCCUCCUCCGUCAACCUCUCCGACCAACUCACCAUGACCUCGUCCGCCGCCUCGUCCAGCGAUAGGUCAUUCUCCACCUUUGGCAAGGACGGUCAAAGAUCACAGUCACACCACAGCCUUCACCAUCACCUCCAUCCGCAACAGCAGCAGUACAGCUCCAGCACGCUAGAGAGGAAAGAGUAUGAUAGGGGGACCCUACCGUACAAACCCACCUUUCUCUGUGAGUAUCAGUAUGAAAGUUCCCUGGGACCUUAUGACUUUGGUCUGGUCCAGUACAGAUACUAA